AUGCUUGAGUCGGAGAUUGCGCAAGCCAGAACAGCAGCUCGCUCACGACCUUUGAGGCAGCCUAUGCUGAGGGUCCGGACGGGCUGCUUCACAUGCCGGAGUCGCAAGAAGAAGUGCGACGAGACGAAGCCGGCGUGCAGCGGCUGUAAGAGGAACAAGCUGGUGUGUAACUGGCCGGCGCGCGGUGGCGAGACGAGCAACCGGCGAGUUGAGGUUACGCACAACAACAACGACAUCCGCAGGGUGGGUGAUGUGAAUUCGAAUUCAGGUUCAAGGAAAAAUCGCAGCUCGGACGGGGAUCAAGAGCGUCAGAAUUUGUCUCCAACCAAUGCCGAACAUGAUCAUCACAGCACUCCGGGGUCGCAGUCGUACGGCGAGUUGGAGAUGGAGGAGGGCCCAGCCGUGCGGAGGAGCGGCACCAGCACCAGCACCGCGUCGCCACCAGUCGUAGGCCAGAUGCAGGGUCAGUAUUCGCCCCCUCCUGUGUUGGCAUCGCCCUUUGAACGUCGCAUGUCGAUGCAACAGUCGUCUGAUGACGGAGGGGUUGCCAUGGAGAUGAUGGAUGAGGAUGAGCAUGUUCCGGAUGAGCUGCUGGACCUACAUGUAGAUGACGACGAUGAUGACCGCGACAACGACAACGCACUCAUGAGCCUGGCGGACAUCGACAUGUCAGGGCUCUUGCCUGGGUUCAUGUUGCUGGGUGCGGUUCCACGGCCUCCUUCCAUGAUUCCAGAGGCGGAGAAUGGGACGUUUGAUCUCAUGAGCCAUUACCUGGCUCGAACGGCUGUCAGCAUGGGCAACGGGUCGACGUCGUCCAAUCCGUUUGUUCUUCAUCUUGUGCCGCUUUCUUUUUCCAACAAGCUCGUCCUCCAGUUGGUCCUUUCUCAGAGUGCUGCUCACCGUGCCGUUUACGAGGAGCGGAGAGAUCUCAAGGCUGUGGCUCAGCGGUACUACACCAACUCGAUCAGGAGCUUUCGACAGGCCAUCAGUGCGUACAUCAAUAGGUCUGACCCAAGUCCACUCUGGGUGACUAUUGGGGCUCUGGUGAUGUGUUUUACAGAGACGGCGAGAGGGGAUACAAAUGGCGUGGUGUUUGACCAUCUGCAAGCCGUCGAGCCACUCUCGAUUGAUCUGAUCACAAACCACAAUCACAUUGUCCGCGACGAUCUGAAGAAAUUCAUCAUGGAGUAUUACGUCUACACAGUGACCAUCAGCAUGAUCUCCGCAAGUCCCGCCUCAAGGAGCGCGCCGCUCUUGAACCCAACACUCGAACUCGAGGCCCACAGCCUUGUCGCCUCGGGAUAUAUCGGCCAGCUUUGCGGGUGCUGGCUGCAGCUUUUGCUUCUGAUACCUCAGAUAUUCGAGUUUGGGAGGCGCGCCAUCAGAGGGGGUGCCGAUGUCGAUCCUCCUUUCCCGUCACCCGACGACUUUAUCACGUUUGCGACACUGCAGGCUGAAAUUCUUUCCUAUACGCCCAACCCAGAUGCGACCAAAGAAGUCAUUCUUUGUGGCUACAUGUUCCAGCAAGCGCUUUACUUGUACCUUCUUACGGUCUUCAGCAAUGAAGCUACGAGCGGCGGCCUACAAAGGACCAGCAUCGACAACGCCGUGUCCGAAACCUUCUCUUAUCUCGAACAGCUCCCGCCGACAGCGCGCAUCAACACCAGUCUCUGCUGGGUCCUGGCGGUGGUAGGCUCAUGCACACUGGACGAAUCUCGAAGAGACCAGCUUCGACGACGCCUGGAAUGCAUGUUCCAGACGAUUGGCCUGGGCAACAUUUCGAGUACAUUGACGCUUCUUGAGCACAUCUGGACACGGCCAAAGAGCGAGCAGAAUCCGUGGGCAAUAUGCAGAGUUAUGCAGGAACAGGAAAUCUGGAUCUCGUUUGCUUGA